AUGAUGAGCCUUGCAAAAUUCAUCACUUUUUUCCUUGGCUUACUGCUAUUUCUGCUAGUUUCUCUUCGGGUACUAUCGGAAUUCAUACCAAGUCUACUGGUAUCGUUACCCCCAAAGCUCAGGUUACGUGUCAACAAUUCAUUGCUCAGAUGCUCUAAUAAUUUGAAUAGAAUACCAGUUCUAAACUUUGGUUGGAAAAAUGCUUCCGUGAGGAGAGCCUUUGUAUUAGCUGCCAUUAGACCUUCAGAUUACACGAAUAAAAUUUAUGGAGAUAGAGUGGCCAUCUCUUACUAUGAUAGAAAGGAUAGAGAAUCCUUUGUUGGAAAACUAGGACAAGAAACGAAGAGAAAGAUAUUUGGAUUCUUCCAUCCGUACUGUAAUGCUGGUGGCGGAGGAGAGAAAGUACUAUGGAAGGCUGUUGAAUCAACAUUAAACCAUGAUGAGAAUAACAUUUGCGUAAUAUAUACUGGUGAUAAUGACGUCAGUGGGAUAGAUAUCUUAAAAAGUGUUGAAAGAAGGUUUGAAUAUAGAUUAGAUUCUAAUAGAAUUGUCUUCAUCUUCCUCACGAAAAGAAACCUUGUAGAAGCAAAAAGAUGGCCGAAAUUUACAUUAUUGGGACAAGCAAUAGGGUCUAUUAUUUUAUCCAUCGAAGCUUUAUCAAUUUUAACACCAGAUUACUGGGUCGAAACCAUGGGAUAUCCCUUUGGAUAUCCAUUUGUUUCAUGGUUCGCAAAUAUUCCAAUCAUAACGUAUACUCACUACCCCGUCAUAUCGACAGAUAUGCUAAAUAAAUUGAAAAAUAUGAGUGGAUUCAGAACAAAUAUCAAACUCAACAUCAAAUACUUGUAUUGGAAGAUGUUCAUGUUAAUAUACAGAUUUGCGGGCUCUUUCGUUGAUAUUGCAACAACAAAUUCAACUUGGACUUAUAACCAUAUCAAGUCAAUUUGGCCCAGUACAAGAAAUAUUCAGAUUAUAUACCCACCAUGUUCUACGGAAUCGUUGAUCGAGGGUAGUAAUAAGAUUGAUAAUAAGGACAGAAAAAACCAAAUUGUUGCUAUAGCACAGUUCAGGCCAGAAAAGAGACACGAUCUUAUCUUGUCGUCAUUCUCAAGCUUUAUCAAAACAAACGAUAAUAAGUUAUCGGUACCGAAAUUAAUUUUAAUUGGUUCUACAAGAAACCAGUCAGAUAGAGAUUUUGUUGAAUCUCUGAAGAAGUUUGCUUUUGAAGAAUUGAAGAUCCUUCCUGAAUACCUAGAAUUCAAGACUGAUUGUAAAUAUGAAGAUAUGAAGAAUAUCUUAUAUUCUUCUUGGUUUGGGAUCAAUGCAAUGUGGAAUGAACACUUCGGCAUUGCAGUAGUUGAAUAUAUGGCAAGUGGCUUGAUCCCAUUAUGUCAUGCUUCUGCAGGUCCUUUAUAUGAUAUCGUUGUGCCAUGGGAUGACAAGAAGAAUGAGCAAACAAAAGAUGAGGCAAAAUAUACCGGUUUAUUCUUUAAAGAUAAAAGCGAUCCUGACUUUUCUUCAAAAGAUGCAUCAAAAUACAGUACUCUCUCAGAUCUUUUCGCAGAAGCUGCAAAAUUAGGUCUCUCUGAAAGAAUUGAGGUGUCGAAAAGAGGCAAGCAGUGCGCUCUAACCAAAUUUUCAGAUGCUAAAUUUGAAAAAUCGUGGCACGCAGUGCUUGAUGAGAUUAAAACCAUUCAAUCUUUAAAUGUUUGA